AUGAGUGAUCAACAGGAAGAGUCCAGUGCUAAUGGUGUUAACAAGCUAUACAUGGAAGCAAUGUUAGCCGAAGUUAAGAAGCUUGUGACCGUAAGCCUCGAGGAGUUUCGACAGGAGAUUCAAGAACAGACCGAACCAAAAGCUAACAAGGAGAAGAGCAGAGAUCUAGGGAAAGAACUUGAGGAGGUUUUGGAGCCGACUAGACCUCUCAGAGAUGAUGCGGCCACAGAUUAUUACGGUCUUCUUAGUAGUUGUUCAAGAGACAGUCGAAGAAGGCAUAGGCGACGCAAGGAAGAUCGAGUUCAAGAGGGUUUUGGAGGAGUUAAACUCAGGAUCCCUCCUUUUCACGGCAAAAACGACCCUGAUGCCUACUUAGAGUGGGAAAAGAAGAUUGAAUUGUUGUUCAAUUGCCAACAAUUCGCCGGGAUUAAUCGAGUAAAGAUAGCCACUACCGAGUUCUACGACUAUGCUCUUUGUUGGUGGGAUCAGGUUGUUACGACUGGAAGAAGAAAUCAGCAAUUUCCGAUUGAUACUUGGGAAGAGAUGAAAUCUCUCAUGAGGAAAAGGUUUGUGCCAAGUCAUUACCAUAGAGAAUUGCACCAAAGACUUAGACGGCUCACACAAGGCAACCGGUCUGUUGAAGAUUACUAUCAAGAUAUGGAGACCUUGAUGCUCCGAGCUGAUAUUCGAGAAGAUGCUGAAGCUACCAUGUCUCGUUUCUUAGGAGGAUUGAACAGAGAAAUUCAAGACAAGCUUGAGAUGCAGCAAUAUGAGGAAUUAGAAGAUAUGUUGCACAAGGCCAUCCUAAUAGAACAACAGCUCAAGAGGAGAAACACCAAAACCUUUUAUGGAGCUGGGGGAAUGCCUACUAAACCGAGAUAUUCUAGAGAGGAGAAGCCGAGCUCAGUAUCAAAAGAAGAGAAGCCAGCUGGUGUCUCUAAAGAGGAACCUAAGUCAUUCACUUCGGUAUCAGAUAACCGAAACAAAGCUAUGGGAUCAACAAGAACCAGAGACGUUAAGUGUUUCAAGUGUCUUGGUAGAGGGCAUUACGCCAACGAGUGUUCAAAUAAGAAGAUCAUGAUACUCAAGGACGAUGGCGAAUGGGAAUCAACAGCUGAGUCUGAAGCCGAGUCUCAUUCUGAACAUGAAGAGCUUCCUGCUCAAGGUUCUUUACUAGUAUCAAGAAGAUCUCUAAGCGUGCAAGCCAAAGCUAUGGAAGAGGAGCAGCGAGAGAAUUUGUUUCAUAGCCGGUGCCUUGUACAAGGGAAAGUUUGUAGUCUCAUAAUAGAUGGAGGUAGCUGCACCAACGUAGCAAGUCAAGAAAUGGUUCAAAAGCUCAACCUAGCCACCGAGAAGCAUCCCCGACCCUAUAAGCUCAACUGGUUAAAUAAUGAUGGGGAAUUAAAGGUCAACAGCCGUGUCAUGGUCCCUAUUACUAUUGGAGGAUAUGAAGACGAGAUACAGUGUGACGUGUUGCCCAUGGACGCAGGACACAUACUUUUAGGCCGGCCAUGGCAAUCAGAUCGAAAGGUUAUUCAUGAUGGGUUUACUAACAAGUAUUCCUUUAUUUUUAAAGGCAGGAAGACAACCCUCAUACCUUUGACGCCACAAGAAGUCUACCAGGAUCAAAUGCAGCUAAAGCAAAAGACGAAGCCGCCUACUAAAGCAUCUAACUUCUACCUGAGGGCUGGUGAUGUCAAAAGAUCUCUUAGUACUAACCAACCGGUUCUUUUAUUUGUGUUUAAGGAGGCUCUCACCAAUAUGACUAACCUCACACCGGUUUUGCCGAGUAAAAUUCAAACUCUUUUGCAGGAAUACAAUGAUGUCUUCCCUGAAGAUAAUCCUAAAGAGUUACCUCCUUUUAGAGGCAUUGAACAUCAGAUUGAUUUCAUGCCUGGUGCUUCAUUGCCUAAUCGCCCUGCUUAUAGAACUAAUCCGGUUGAGACAAAAGAGUUACAAAGACAAGUCGAUGAACUAAUGGAGAAAGGACACAUAAGAGAAAGCAUGAGUCCUUGUGCUGUACCGGUUCUGCUUGUGCCUAAGAAAGAUGGGAGCUGGCGAAUGUGCGUAGAUUGCAGAGCCAUCAAUAAUAUCACUGUAAAGUACCGCCACCCUAUCCCUAGACUCGAUGAUAUGUUGGAUGAGUUGCAUGGUUCUAAUAUAUUCUCUAAAAUUGACCUUAAAAGUGGAUAUCAUCAGAUUAGAAUGAAAGAAGGAGAUGAGUGGAAAACUGCAUUUAAGACUAAGCAUGGCUUAUAUGAAUGGCUUGUUAUGCCAUUUGGGUUAACUAAUGCACCUAGUACAUUCAUGAGGUUGAUGAAUCAUGUCCUUCGAGCAUUCAUAGGGGUCUUUGUAGUUGUCUAUUUCGAUGAUAUCCUUGUCUAUAGCAAGAAUCUAGACGAACAUAUAAUGCACUUGAGAGCUGUUCUAGAUGAGCUGAGAAAGGAAAAGCUAUAUGCCAAUCUAAAGAAAUGCACUUUUGGAACAGAUAACCUUGUCUUUUUAGGUUUUGUUGUAAGUGCAGAUGGCGUUAAGGUGGAUGAAGAGAAAAUCAAGGCCAUCAAAGACUGGCCAACCCCUAAGACUGUCGGCGAAGUUAGAAGUUUCCAUGGCCUGGCCGGGUUCUAUAGGAGAUUCGUCAGAGAUUUCAGCACUAUAGCCGCCCCUCUUACAGAAGUUAUCAAAAAAGAUGUGGGAUUCCAAUGGGGAGAAGCUCAAGAAGCCGCAUUUGAAGCUUUGAAGCAUAAGCUUACUAAUGUAUAG